AAUAUCUGCCGAUCCCUACAAAAAUAAGCUGCGGAUCAUCUCUUUCCUUGCCUGGAUCGUCGUGGACCUCGCGGUGGCAACGCCCGGACGAGCUCGCAUCACGCCACCAGCCCACCACCAAACGCCUAGGAACUCCGGAAGACUCAAAUCCUUCCGUUGUCCGUCCGCACAGAUCGAAGACUCCCUCGAACUUCCCUGCUGUUUCCCCCUUCUUCCAAGUGGUAUGGUUGUGUGAUCUGGUCGUGGUUUGGAUGAGGGAACGGAAGCCGGCGCCCGCCUCCGCGUUGACCCGGAUUCUCGCCACCUGCGCGUCCCAGGCAAAAGAUUAUGGAAGUUGCAUAACGGCAAAGGUCCCUGAGAUUGAACAUAAUAUGUGUUCUAAGGAGUUUCUAGCACUCAGAGCAUGCAUGCAGACUGCGGUCAAGAACAAGACUUGAAGUUCUAGGUUUUUGGAGUUUCAUAUUAACAUUUUCAGUGUGAUCAGUGUGACUGUCAGCUCACUACGCUUGAAAUAAAUAGCCAAAGAAUUUUGGACAAUCCGAUGCAAGGAGGUUUGGGCAGCGCUGGUGCGCUUUCUCAUGCAUAUGUACAACAUCCUCCACUACGAUGUGACAUUCCUGAUAUUAGAGGGCUAUUCUAUGAUGAUGCAAAUAAGUUUCUUAUAGCCCCAACAGCUGAUCGGAUAUUAUACUGGAAGAUAGCUCUCUGUACUCCAUCCGGACCUCCGAACUCUGAUCCAGUUAAUGAAGGCCCUGUCUUAUCAGUACGAUUUUCGCUUGAUCAGAAAGCCAUAGGGAUUCAACGAUCGAAUCGCGAGGUCGAGUUUAGAAAUAGAGAAACAGGAGAGGCCUGCAGUAACAAGUGCAGAGCGGAUUCUGAAACUAUGCUUGGGUUUUUCUGGACUGACUGCCCUACUUGUGAUGUUAUAAUUAUAAAGACAAGUGGCCUAGAUCUGCUUGUCUAUGAGCGUCAAUCGAAUGCUCUUCGUUUGGUGGAGUCAAAAAAGUUCAAUAUGAGCUGGUAUCUUUACACUCAUGAAAGUAGGUUGCUUCUUCUUGCAUCUGGAAUGCAAUCUACACUAUUCACUGGAUAUCAGUUUUCUGCUGGUGGGAUUGUCAAAUUGCCUAAGUUUGAGAUGAUCAUGUCUACAUGUGAAGCAAAUAACAAGCCUGUGCUAGCUGCUACUGAUGUUCACAUUGUAACAGUGUACGCUUUUUGUCUCCAUGUAUUUAGUUGUACAAAUUUCACUUGUUCUGUAAUUUUUCUCAAAUUUGGCAGGUACGGUAGGAUUUACUGCUUGCAGCUUGACAGAGUUAACAUGGGUCUGAACUUGUACCGUUUCUACCGUGAUGCUGUUGUACAACAGUUUGUAGGAACACCAGUCAGUUUAUGGAUUAAACUACAGAUCUAUUUACAGGGUACUCUGCCAAUUUAUUCAAGCCGAAUUGCAGUUAGUGCGGUUGACAACAUAAUCAUGGUCCAUCAAAUAGAUGCAAAAGUUGUCAUACUUUAUGAUGUAUUUAUGGAUUCUUUCACACCAAUCUCUGCACCACUUCCACUGUUAGUGAGAGGACUGCCCAGCAAUAAUAGGCAACCAGGUCAACUGGCAGAUCACCAAUCUGCAUAUGGUGGGACUAUAUAUGGAGAGGGCUGGAACUUUCUCAUUCCUGACCUUAUUUGUGAUUCCGAGAAUGGUCUACUGUGGAAACUUCAUUUAGACCUGGAGGCUGUUGCUGCUAGCACAUCUGAUGCUCCUUCAGUCUUGGAACUCCUUCAGAGACGAAAGUCUGACCUGAGCAUGGUUAAGACACUAAGUCUCGCUAUAGUUCGAACAAUCAUCCUGGAAAGGAGGCCGAUAACUAUGGUUGCGAAGGCAAUGGCCGUCAUUCUUGAUUCAUACUCUUGUUUGAUGAAAAUGGGUGGCAGUGUUUCUGGGGUUAGGCGAGCAUCUGAGCAACAACAGUCUAGUGGUCAGCCUUUCGAGGAUUCCAGUGUAAUUUUGCUGGAACCACCUUCUAGAACCAUGAUUCGACCUGUUGUCAACACAGAGUCGGCAAGUGGAGUUGAGACUAGACCGCCACAGUCAAAUUCAGGAGUUGAGCAUGGAAUUGCCAGCCUCGCAGCACAUGUUGAUAGGACAUCUUUAAAUACAUCUUCUAAUUCUGAUGAUAUUAUCAAUACAUCAAGAGGAUCCCAGACAUCUGAUGCCACCAGCGAAAGGCCGCAGGCUCUAGGAGAGGAUCGCAGGCCAUUGGCUUCUGGUACAUCAAUACAGCAUGGACCGCAUGGUGCUGGUGUGGCAAUUUCACCAAUUGAAAUGUUCCAGUCUGUCUUUGUCCUCGUUGAAGAUGAAAUGAUGGGUGACCCUGCAUAUCUAAUUGCUGUAAUCAUGGAGUUUUUACGAAGCAUGUCGAAGGCUGGGCUGAAGGCUCCUCCCAAACUUUAUGUGAUGAUGACUGCUCUGCUAGCACACAGCAAUCGUUAUGCUGAAAUAGCCCUGUUUGUAUCAAAUAAGAUCCUGGAGCCAUCAAGGGAACUCGCAAUGCAGCUUAUUGAACUGGGUCGACACCAUUUGCUUACAAGGAAGCUGGGCGUGGACAUGCUGCGAGAGAGGUGCCUGCACGAUGACUACGUGGCUGCAUUACUCCAUGAGGGCUACUACCUGGAGGCUUUGCGGUAUGCUAGGAAAUACAAGGUUAUCACCGUGCAACCUGCCCUGUUCUUGGAGAAAGCUGUCGCCAUGGACAGCGUGCAGAACCUCGCUGCCGUGCUGAGCUUCUUCUCCGAGUUCACGCCGAGCUUCAAGACAACGUUGGACUAUAGCAGAUACCGGCACAUACUGUCCGAGAUGAUUUGAACAACUUCCUUUAAUCACUUGGUUCCGCAAGAUACCAGCACAUACUUUCUCAAGUGAUUUUGUUUUAUAUUUUUUUGUUUCUGUUUCCACAAAUUUCUGUUUGGAUUUCAUAUCUAGCACCCUCAACACAAUCGCCGGGCUUCCUCCACGGAUGAUUUAUGAAUUUCUUGAGGGUGGAAGCACAUAUACCACAUAAUUUUUUGCCCAUCUUCCCAUGUU